GUUUUCCAUUUAAGGACGUUUCUUGCUCUAAUUCACAUAUAAAAUCUACCUGGUUUUUUCCCUAUUUUCUUUUUUUUCUUUCUUUCUCUCUUUUUUCCCAAUUAGAUAAAAUGACACACUUUGAAAAAGACACCCAAUGGACUGGACAGAGAACUGCUACAGCAACUGAGACUCCAUUUAAUAUUGCUGGUUUGAAUCAACCUGUUAUUAAUGAUCAACAACUUGUAGAGAUUCCUACCAUUGAUCUCCAACCUGUUGAAGUUGAACAAACCGGACCUGAAGCUCCUUUAACAGGUGUCUACUCCAGUUCUGGUUUUGAUAUGGUGGGUGUAUUAUCUCGCCUUGUCAACAGGCCCAAUCCUCAAAUCAAUCUGGGACCAAUCGAUAUGUCCUGUUCAUUUUUGGUGACAGAUGCCCGCCAAUAUGAUUGUCCUAUUGUUUAUUGCUCUCCUACAUUUGAACACUUGACAGGUUAUCAUGCCAAUGAAAUCGUUGGCCGUAACUGUCGUUUCUUGCAAGCCCCUGAUGGUCAAGUCACUUGUGGUUCUAGACGUACCUACACUGAUAAUCAAGCUGUGUACCAUUUAAAAGCUCAAAUGUUGCAAAACAAGGAACACCAAGCCAGUAUUAUUAACUACCGUAAAGGUGGUCAACCUUUUGUCAACCUUAUCACUGUCAUUCCAAUCACAAAUGAGAAUAACGAAGUUGCAUUUUUCGUUGGUUUGCAAGUCGAUUUGGUAGAACAGCCCAAUGCUAUUCUUGAAAAGAUGAAGGAUGGUACUUAUUUGGUUAAUUACCAACAGAUGAACAUACCCCCUUACAUCCCCGGAAGUAGUUAUAGUUCUGAACCUGUGGAUGACUACUUCCGUGAGUUGCCUACCACAGCACCCGCUUCUUCCACUUUGGCUUCGGCUGAGAUUCUUGAACUGGUUAACUGUGCUGGAGAUAAUGAACAACAAUUACAACAGGAAUGGAACAAGCUUCUUUUGGAUCAAUCAGAAGAUUUUAUUCACGUAUUAUCCUUGAAGGGUUUCUUUCUUUACUGUUCUCGUUCCUCUUCUCAUUUAUUAGAGCAUGAUCCUGAGGAGCUGGUCGGUCAUCCUUUAUCCUCUAUUUGUCAUCCAUCCGAUAUUGUACCUGUGAUGCGUGAGAUCAAGGAAGCCGCAGGUAACACAGACAAGGUCGUCAACCUUAUCUUCCGUGUUCGUCGUAAAUACUCCGGCUACAUGUGGAUGGAAUGUCAAGGUAAAAUCCAUGUUGAUCAAAGCAAGGGACGUAAAUGUUUGAUUUUGGCUGGUCGUGAAAGACCCAUGUAUGAAUUGGUACGCAAGGAAAUCGUCCAAGCAACAGAUAUCACCAAUGGCCCUGAAUUUUGGACAAAGGCAACUUUAACUGGCUUAUUUUUGCAUGUCACUCCUUCUAGCGAAGAGGUUGUUGGAUUUAGUGCGGAUGCUCUUGAUGGUGCUACUCUUUACCAAUACGUUGGUGAUAAUAAUGUACGUGAUAUCACAAGAGCUCUUGAAUUGGUCAAGGAAGGUCGUAUUGUCAAUCUUCAUCACACCAUGCAAAACAAUAAGGGUGAUUAUAUUCCCGUAUUUUCUACUUUCUACCCUGGUGAUGUUUCCUUUGGUGUUGGUCGUCCUUCAUUUGCCCUUAUUCAAAUUAGAGCUAAAGAAAAUGGUUCCACCAACAAUCAACCUGUCUUGGAAUCUAUGAUGGAUACUCCCUCUGACAAUGACGAAAAUGUAUUUUCCGAACUUGAGACUGUUAGAGGUACUUCAUGGCAAUACGAACUUCAUCAACUUCAGUUGGCCAACCGUAAGUUGAAGGAGCAACUCGAAAAUAUCACAAACCCCAAGCGCAGAAAGCAAAAGAAGAAGAAGGCUAUUGAAGUCUCAGAUAUUCCUAAAAUGUGUGCACAAUGUCAAAGCAAGGAUUCUCCCGAAUGGAGAAAGGGUCCCAAUGGACCCAAGGAGUUAUGUAAUGCCUGCGGUCUUCGUUAUGCCAAGUUAUUAGCAUCCAAGAAAUCAGACUCCGAUGCUCCAACCCAACAGGCCGGGUUAGUAGCCUAAAACAGCAUUCAGAAAAAAGAAAGAAAGAAAAAAAAACAUCAAUAAUCAUCCUAUACCAAAUUGCUUCUUAAAUAAAAAUAAAAAACAGUACAUUUUUGUGAUACGAU